UGCACUGUGUAUUCCUGACCCACACCCUCCUCGCCACCCACUUCCCGGACGUGUUAGUGUUUGACUCGGGCUGUGGGCUCCGGGACUUACUCAUAUAAUCGGAGUGUUUUUGGGGCGAUUACCUGAUGCUGCAUCUCAUUAUGAGCGCAUAGGAAGCGCAGGAGCUCUCCCCCUCAGGAUCUGAGUCUGGGGCUCGCACAACUGUAGCAAGAAGCUGACCUGGGGGAAAAAACAGAUAAGGAUGGAAUCCUUUAUCCUCUGCAGGGCUGUUCUCAUCUUCCUCAUGCUUUCCUGUGUUCAGUGUGCAGAGACUCAGCCCCAGAGUGCAGUGUUCCUGCCGGAGUUCACCCUCUCGUCUCGGGGCAGUUUCAUGCAGGAUGCCACUGAAGAUCAGUUUCUAACGUACAGUUACGACGACCAGGCAUCUAGAAUGACCCGCUCAGAUGAGGACAGGGACAUUGGGUGGGAUGCCUGGGGCCCCUGGAGUGACUGCUCUCGGACCUGCGGUGGAGGAGCCUCCUACUCUCUGCGACGUUGCCUCAACGGAGGAAGCUGUGAUGGCAAAAACAUCCGCUACAGAACCUGCAGCAAUACGGACUGCCCUGCAGAGUCAGGUGAUUUCCGGGCCCAGCAAUGUUCAGCCCACAAUGAUAUCAAGUACCAGGGUGUCACAUAUGAGUGGGUUCCAGCCCCGUAUGACUCCUCUGCACCCUGCGUCCUGCAGUGCCAGGCUAAAGGGAGAAGCCUCACUGUUGAACUUGCCCCUAAGGUGCUCGAUGGCACACGAUGCCAGGCAGAUGCCUUUAACAUGUGCAUCAAUGGAAUGUGUCAGGAAGUGGCCUGUGAUCGGCAGCUGGCCAGUGGCGCUAAGGAGGAUAACUGUGGCAUCUGUGGCGGUGACGGCUCCACUUGCCGGCUGGUGCGAGGACAGGUCCUACCCUACCUGACACCAGAACAAUCUCAUAAGACAGUUCUGGAGGUGCCAGUGGGAAGCCGCUUUCUCAGACUCAGUGCCAAAGGACCUGAUGUGAUAUCCAUCGAAGCCAUCUCUCUUGAGGGAAGGAAUGAAGAGAUCAGUCUGAUGUCCACAGGCUCUUACGUGAUAGGAAACACCUCCUUGGAUUUUCAAAGAGGGACAGAAAAGCAGACACUCAGGACACAUGGUCCACUCAAUGCUGAUUACUUUAUCAAGAUGAGGUACGGAGGCCCCAAGGACACAGUUGUCCAGUUCCUGUUCUACCAGCCAAUUAGGUACCAGUGGAGGGAGACUGAAUUCUUCCCCUGCUCUGUCACCUGUGGAGGAGGCUACCAGCUCAACUCUGCAGAGUGCACAGACAUCCGAUCCAACCAGACGCUGCCUGAGCAUCUCUGCAGCAGCUAUCCUGAAAACACUAAACCAACACCGAAGCUCAAGGAGUGCAACAUGGACCCCUGCAAAGAGGGUGAUGGAUUCAAAGAGGUGAUGCCAUAUGACCACUUCCAACCUCUGCCUCGCUGGGAGCAGGGCCCCUGGAUCCAGUGCUCUGAGUCCUGUAGUGGUGGCUGGCAGGAUCGCAGUGUACUGUGCGUAGAGGAGGACAGCCAUGGACAGUUCUCUCAGGUGGAGGAGUGGAAGUGUACCCACUCCCCUCGACCUGUCACCCGACAGAUUUGCAACAGCUUCCCCUGCCCCCAGUGGGUAGCCAUGGAAUGGUCUCAGUGCACAGUGACGUGUGGCCGAGGCCUGCGUUACCGGGUGAUUCUGUGCAUCGAUCAUCGUGGACAGCACAUUGGAGGCUGUGAAAUAUCACUCAAACCUCAGGUUAAAGAAGAUUGUCUGGUCCCUAUCGCCUGCCACAAGCCUAGAGAACACACACCAGUGGAGGCCAAGGCGCCCUGGUUAAAACAAGCUCAGGAACUGGAGGAACACCAUACUGCCACAGAGGACCCUACAUUUGUACCUGGGCCCUGGGUACACUGCAGCGCCACCUGUGGGCCAGGCAAGCAAACUCGUGAGGUGAAGUGCCGGGUCAUGCUUUCAUUCACCAAGACGGAGGUGGACCUUCCAGACAAGGAGUGUGGCAACGACAAACCCCAGGUAGAGAGGCCCUGCUACCAAGGGCCAUGUAGGGGCAUCUUUUCAGGCCCCCAGGAUCAUGGAGCCCCGUACAACCAGAUGGAGGAACUGUACAUUUGGGACUACAGGGGCUUCAUUGCCUGCUCAGCUACAUGUGCUGCUGGGAAGCAGACAGCAGAUGUGAGGUGUGUUAACAAGAAGCAAGGUGAGGAGGUGGCGGACCCCCUGUGCAAUUUAUCCAGCAGGCCACCAGCAAUGAUACGAAUCUGUAACCCUGACCCAUGCCCCCCAAGAUGGGAGGUGACGGCAUGGACCAGUUGCUCUGCCUCCUGCGGCGUUGGAAUACAGACCAGGAGCGUGUUUUGCAUGCGUCUGUUGUCCAUCGACCAGCAGGAUAUUCUGACUGUUUCUGAGGAGGAGUGCAGGGAAUUCAAACCUGCCAUUCUGCAACCGUGCAACCAGUUUGACUGUCCCCCAACCUGGGAGGCUGAACCCUGGCAGCUGUGCUCCCAGUCAUGUGGUGGGGGUGUCCAGAUGCAAAAGGUUUACUGUAAGCAGCUGUUGUCCACAGGGGCCUUUAGGAGGUUGGGAGACAGAUCCUGCCAGGGCCCAAAACCUGCCAUGGAGAGAGGUUGCAGCAACACUGACUGUCUGCACUACACGGCUGGAGGAGAAUGGGGAAAGUGCUCAGUGUCCUGUGGGCUGGGGAUCCAGCUGAGGGAGCAACGAUGUAGCCAGUUGACAGCCGUGGGCCACCAGGUGACACUGGACAGGGAGCUGUGCUCAGGAUUACCCUCCCCACGUCUUGUGCGAGCCUGCCGCAUGAUGGCCUGUCCCAAACAGAGCAAAGAUUGGAGACCCAAAGACACUCAGAAGGUUCCAAUGAAGAACCAAGUGGGACAUCCAAUAAAGGCCCGGGGCUAUAAGAGUGGGGUUAAAUGGUGUCCUAUGCUAAUGAGUAAGCACCACAUCUACAUCCAGACCCACAAGGAGAAACGCAUCCAUUUGACUGUUGGUGGCCAUGCCUACCUUCUACCUAACACCUCCCUGGUCAUCAAAUGCCCUGUCAGAAAGUUUCCCAAAGCAUACAUCCGCUGGUUGAAAGACGGAAGCCCCAUACCCAUCUCCAAACGCCUGGGCAUCACCAAGUCGGGCUCUCUAAAGAUUCACUUUGUGACAACAGAGGACACUGGGGCAUACAAAUGUGUCACUGGACCAGCCUCAGAUAUCUUCACUCUUCAUCUGAUAGGUGGUGACAGCAUGAAACCUGGGAGACUGUCUACUACCACUCCUGGUCCCAACAGGGAGGAAAUGUUGCCUAGUUGCCACAGUCACUACUCAACCUUGAAUCCAUACAGGCCCGUCAGUGUAUUUCUUUUGCCCCUUGGUGUCCAGGAAGUUUCGCUGCAGCCGUGGUUGAAGGAGAGGCUGAUUUAUAUAACCCUGCAGGCUGACAGAGGAGAGAUACAGCAGGAGCAAGCUUCAGAGCUCAUUUCCUCACUGCUGACCCACAUGUCUGCUGCCCAGCUCUGGACACGGAUUACAGAGGGAGAAGUGCAGGCUAAAGAUAUUCUGCCCAACUGGUCAGAGCGCUCUUCACUCGGCAUUCUUGUGAACACACCACGAAUCAUCAGGCAGCAACAGCGCCUUCCACUGGCUUUACAGAAGAACAUCAACGUCACCAUUGGACAUAGUGCCCUCCUCACCAAUGCUACCCGAUCGCUGACCAUCCUUUGUCCUGUAGAGGGCAGCCCGCCUCCCAAAAUUAACUGGACCAAGGAUGGAGCUCUGCUGCAGUUCACUGACAGGGUCUCGUGGGACAGCUCCGGAGGACUUCACAUCCUUCAGCCCAGAGUGUCUGACAGAGGCCAGUACAAGUGCACAGCUGCCAACAUGCAUGGCUCAGACUCAGAGACGUCUCAGCUACUUGUGGCAGAGCCACCGGCCAUCGCAGUGUCAUGGAGGAAUGUUUCAGACCAUGAGCUGGUGUUGGGACACAGCUUGAGGGCUGUGGUUGGUGAACGAGUCAGUGUUCGGCCAGGCACCAACCUCAUACUGGACUGCCCAGUCACUGGUAGGUCAUAGCGCUGGAUUGUGAAGUCUGUGGCUGAAAGACGGCAGGACUACAGGCAGGAAACACACAUCAGUCACACAACAUCAUGGGGACUUUCAUUUUAGAGGGAGUGUUAACAAGCCCCAAUCUAUUGCAAAUCCAUAAAUAAUAUUAAUAUUGAUGGGCCUGUUUACCUGGUCACUUAAUGCUACUGGUGCCAAGUGUGUAGUUAAAAGUAUAUCAAGGCAUUUUACAUAGUAAGGUUGAAAACUUAACAAUUAUAGAGAAACCCAACAGUUCCUACAACGAAAAAACACUUUGUCGUCUGUGGAUAACGCAGAGGGUGUUUUUACUCUGGAUGUAUUAAGAGUUGGAUACAGUUCAACAACUCAGUCUUUUUUACCAUUUUGUUCCAGUGGUUACUCCCAGUACUACAAAUUAAAAUAUGGCAUCACCAAAAUGAAUUUGACAGGACAAUGUAGACAGGGUCAAUUAUUAUGAUUAGUAAAUAAUGAAUCAACAAGGAAAGUUUUCUAUUUGCACUACUUGCUCAGAGCCUAUAAGCAAUUGUUAUGUGUGACAUCAUCCCAUUAAGAAGUGAAUGGGCUCAGUGGAACAGUGCCGCUCAGGCCAUUGGGAGAAAUACUAAUGUGAAUAGUUACACAAACCGGCAAGCUGAAAAAUAAACCUAUUUGGUCAACACAAUUUCCAAUCAAGGGCAACCAGCUCCUACGAUCAAAAUAAAAAAGUGUAAAAAGUCCUUUGUUGUAAAUGCUCCACUGGUAGGAGUGAGAAGUUGUGAGAGGGAAAACAUUAAAAAGCACAACCUUAAUGAGAGAACGGGGAAGGAUGUAUGGAGCUCUUUACAGUAUUGUUUUUUCCAUUCAUCCGCUCGUACAGUUCAUCUAUGUCAGCAGUCAGGAGCAAUUUGGGGUUCAGAAGCCUACCUUGCCUGAAGUCACUUUGGCAAGGGGAAUGGGGGAGAUGGGGAUUGAACCGCCAACUUCGAUGCUUAAAAGAAACCUUUGUUAACCUGUGAAAAGCUGUGGCGAAAGGCAUAUGUAAUACGACAUACAUGAUCAGUCCGGAACA